AAUUUUUUGAUACGUCUAUAUAACGUCCAACACUGCAUUGUUUUAUUCUGACAUAAUCUAGUGCGGACGACGGUGCAACGUAAACAGCAACCUGCGGCCUUGUCCAAAUAAGCAGUUGAGCUAACGAAAAAGAAAUGGCAGAGUGUAAACCAUUAAGUCCUGAAGAGGUGAAGGCAGCUUGCAAACAUGCUGACCCUCAGACAAAAGAUUUUCUCUUUCAGCAAACCAUGUAUCGUAUUAAAGAUCCUAAGGCCAGUCUUGAUUUUUAUACUAGAGUAUUAGGAAUGUGUUUACUUAAGCAAUUCAACUUUGAUGAAAUGAAAUUCUCCCUGUACUUCAUGGGAUAUGAAAGUCCAGAUGACAUACCUGCUGAUGAAAAAGAUAGGGCCAAGUGGGCCUUAUCUAGAAAAGCAACCUUAGAGCUUACACAUAACUGGGGAAGUGAAUCUGACCCAGAAUUGAAGUAUCACACUGGAAACUCUGAACCAAGGGGAUAUGGGCACAUUGGAAUUAUGGUACCAGAUGUUGAUGCUGCAUGUGAAAGGUUUGCCAACCUUGGAGUUGAAUUUGUGAAGAAACCUAAUGAUGGUAAAAUGAAGGGAAUAGCUUUCAUCAAAGACCCUGAUGGUUACUGGAUUGAAAUAUUUAAUAACAAUCUAAAUAUCUGAGUGACUGAGUCACUAUUUACAGCUUUUUUCAAGUGGAUUAAAGAAAAACAAUAAUAAAAUAUAUGCUGUGA